CGUGAAGAGCGCCUGGUCCAAAACUUCGUAUUUCUUCCUGAUAAGCCCGGCGUGUAUCAGUCGAAAGUAUCAUACUCUGCCAGGAACUGCAGGAAAAGCAAGAUCCGGUGACAGACAAUGUUGGGGUCAGUGUUUCUGUGCGUGUGGUUAUGCCUAGGUGUGAGCCUUGCUGACGUACCCGCUGAUGAAGUGAAGGCACUACCUGGCUUGAUGAAGCAGCCCAGUUUCCGCCAUUUUUCUGGUUACCUUCAGGCCAGCGGCACCCGCCAUCUGCAUUACUGGUUUGUGGAGUCCUCACAGAACCCUUCUAAUGAUCCUGUAGUCCUCUGGCUGAACGGAGGACCAGGAUGUAGCUCUGUGCUUGGGCUUCUCACAGAAAAUGGACCGUUCAAGGUUUUGGCAGAUGGGAAGACAGUUGAUUACAAUCCUUUCACCUGGAAUUCUAUUGCCAACGUGUUGUACCUGGAGGCUCCAGCAGGUGUAGGCUACUCCUAUGCGGAUGACAAGGAUUACGCCUUUGAUGAUGAUAUGGUGGCUCAUGACAACUAUUUGGCUUUGAAGGAUUUCUUCCAGAAAUACCCUGAGUACAAAUCUAAUGAAUUUUUCAUCACAGGGGAGAGUUACGGAGGCAUUUAUGUGCCCACUCUGUCCUCUCUGGUUGUUAACGAUACCGAUUUCAACUUCCAAGGAUUUGGUGUGGGAAAUGGACUGUCGGAUUCAGUCAUGAAUGAGAACUCUCUCCUGUACUUUGGAUACUACCAUGGACUUAUAGGGGAUGUGGUCUGGAAUAAUAUGCUGGGAAACUGCUGUGGAGGAAAUGCUACCAGGUGUAACUUUGUGGGAGCAGUUGGACAGGACAGCUGCAGACACGCAAUUUUGCGGGCUCAGAGCGCUAUCAGCGGCUCAGGACUGAAUAUCUACAACCUGUACGGCGAGUGUGUGAACGGACAAGGCCUGCGCUAUAAUGAGCAGCUGCAAACAUUCGAGUUCUCCGAGUUCGGCUGGCCAAUGAGCGCAAACCCUAGAGUCAUAGCCCAGAAGAAGAUGUUGGAGAAAUACCAGGCCAGCAAGGUGAUGCUGACACCCCCGUGUAUAAAUGCCACGAAUACUGUGAUGUAUCUGCAGCAGGAGGCCGUACGGCAGGCCCUCCAUAUCUCCCCCAGUUCUCUCCCCUGGACGCCAUGCAGCACUGAAGUUGGCUCACACUACAAGAACCUUUACUCUACCACGAAGCAGUUUUACCACAAAGUGCUUGAUGCAGGGAAACGAGUUUUGGUGUACAAUGGAGAUGUUGACAUGGCGUGUAACUUCCUGGGAGAUGAGUGGUUCGUGGAUUCUCUCAAUCAGCCGAAACCUAAGGAGCGUAAGGCUUGGUAUUACAUAGCUGCUGAUGGAACCAAGCAGGUGGCCGGAUUCGUCAAGCAGUAUGAGCGACUCACAUUCGUCACUGUCAGGGGAUCUGGUCACAUGGUGCCCACAGACAGACCUGCACCAGCCCUCAAACUCUUUACAAACUUCAUACAGAACAUCCCAUACUGAGACUGGGACCAACAGGGAAACAGCCAGCUGAUUCUAUCUGCCUUAGAGGGAUACCUCGUGCAGUCAGGGACCAGCACCCUUUGCCAUAAUUCAUAUUUCCACCAUGUUGAGGCUGUACAUGUACAUAAAUCCAUUCAUCUGUUCAGGGGAGAACACAAGCACAUGGAGGCCCUAGCCUGUAAGCUCUGUAUGGACAUGUAAAACAGAGGGAAAUCCCCAUGUAUAUGACCGUCUUGUGCACGCAUUUCCAAGCAGAGUAGUCUCCCCUGAAGAGAUGAUGUUUGUUAAGCUGUGUCAGACAAGGUGGCACAUUUUGUGAAGCUGUAUCAGACAAGAUCGUGCACUUUCAAGUUGAAUCAUACAAAGUCUGCUUGUAUAUUUUCUUUAUAGAGAUUAAAUAAUGUGCUGUACAGGGUACAUGAAGGUGUAAACAGUUCAGUGAACGUGUAAUUGUUAUUAUCCUAAGUCUUAAAAUAUGAGUCAGAAUUCAUUGAAAUUUACCUCUUCUGUAAAGGUUGAAAUUGAUUUAUCUGAACUGUUGCAUAAGUAGCUUACUGUAUAUGUGCAUGUUUUAUUUUGGCAGGUUUAAUUCCUUGAAAUUUGUAUGGAAUUUUUUUAGCAUCUUCAGGUCAGAUGUUUAAAGAACUGCAGAGUUGUUGUAACAAGUUUAUUUCAUGUGUGUAAGGACGAUAUGAUAAUGAUUUAAAUGAUAGUUUGUGAUAUUUAAGCGGCUUAGUGAUAACGUGUGUAGACUCUCAUGUGCUGUGAAAUUCACCGCUGUUAUAACCAUUUGUAGGUGUUUAAUACUCCACAUAUAAACCAUAUAUAAACCCUAUGUGCAGAAAGCAACCAGCUUUCAUCAGCAUAGUAUGAAAAUAGUAAAGGACGGGGUACUUUGAUAACAGUGUUUUGAAAUGAUGACCUCUUACUAUUCCAGCUCCUUGUGUCAGGCAAGACAACUUUGUAUGCAUUGCUUUUUCUUGACAAGCAUUUAUUCCUAACAAUUCUUGCAUAAGAAAAUUAUGGUUUAUAACAGAUUGCACCAUGUUGUAGCUGAUAACAUGAGUGAGGCUGCACCAUGUUGUAGCUGAUAACGUGAGUGAGGCUGCACCAUGUUGUAGCUGAUAACGUAGGUGAGGCUGCACCAUGUUGUAGCUGAUAACGUGAGUGAGGCUGCACCAUGUUGUAGCUGAUAACGUAGGUGAGGCUGCACCAUGUUGUAGCUGAUAACGUGAGUGAAGUUGCACCAUGUUGUAGCUGAUAAUGCGAGUGAGGCUGCACCAUGUUGUAGCUGAUAACGUGAGUGAGGCUGCACCAUGUUGUAGCUGAUAACGUAGGUGAGGCUGCACCAUGUUGUAGCUGAUAACGUAGGUGAGGCUGCACCAUGUUGCAGCUGAUAACGUGAGUGAAGUUGCACCAUGUUGUAGCUGAUAACGUGAGUGAAGCUGCACCAUGUUGUAGCUGAUAUAGUAAGUAUAGCUGCACCAUGUUGUAGCUUAUAACUAAUGUGAGUGAGGCUGCACCAUGUUGUAGCUGAUAACGUGAAGUUGCACCAUGUUGUAGCUGAUAAGGUGAGUGAGGCUGCACCAUGUUGUAGCUGAUAAGGUGAGUGAAGCUGCACAAUGUUGUAGCCGAUAAUGAGUGAGACUGCACAAUGUUGUAGCUGAUAACGUGAGUGAAGUUGCACAUGUAGCUGAUAACGCAAGUGAGACUGCACCAUGUUGUAGCUGAUAACUAACGUGAGUGAGGCAGCACCAUGUUGUAGCUGAUAACGUGAGUGAGGCUGCACCAUGUUGUAGCUGAUAACGUGAGUGAGGCUGCACCCACCAUCCACAUUCCAUGCUGUGUACCUGCAUUUAUUUAGAACAUAUUUUACUCAUUAAUGUCUGUUUUCAGUAUCACAAGGAGGUGCCAAUCUGAGAUGAAGUAGGUCUAACCAGUUUACAUGGUUCUCACUGGUCCAUGGAAGCACUUGAAUUCUUUUCAAAGGUUUUAAAAAGUGUUUUUUUUCAGGACAAAUUCCUAUAAAUAUUAAACUAUCAAAAUAGUCAACCAUAAUCUCCUCUUGAAGAUUUGUACUUAAAAAUGCUGGAAACGCAAGAUAUUUAGGUUUAUUAAAAACGUUUUCUGUGGAGGGUGGGAACUCGGUAGUAAUGGGUAAGUCAGUAUAGUAUUAUAUUGUGGCCUGCUCUACUGCUAGUUAUCACGAUCCUCCACAAAUUAGAAUGCUCAGUACAUUGUUUAUCUAGUUUGGAAAUUUAUACUUUCAUUAUUACUGUGAAAAAUGCUUUGGUAAUACUUGUUUUAUCCAGUGAGGUUGUGGCAGUCUGUCGAUAUUCAUUACUAGUCAUAAUGAUUUAUAUAAUGUGAAAAAUUUUGGAUGUAUUGUAAGAUGUGACAUUUGAAAUAAAAAUUGUCAGAAUAUUUCUACAAUGGUGACU